AUGACACGGGAAGCUUUAUCAUCAAACGGUCUCUUAAACUUUGUUCUCUCCGAGACUCUUUCAGCAACCUCAUUUAAGUCUCUCGUCGUUCUCGAGCCACCGCCAGAAAAUGACAUCAUCAUCGCCAAGAACACAGUUCCAGUGAUAUCUCAUCAAGAACCAUCGUCACGGCAACUACCACCGGCAAGCAGAGGUAAGAAGCGGAAGAGGAGGAAGCCUAGGGUGUGCAAAAACGAAGAAGAAGCUGAGAAUCAACGAAUCACUCACAUCGCCGUAGAAAGAAAUCGAAGAAGACAGAUGAAUCAACAUCUCUCUGUUUUAAGAUCUCUCAUGCCUCAACCUUUUGCUCAGAAGGGCGAUCAAGCUUCAAUAGUUGGUGGAGCCAUAGAUUUUAUCAAAGAACUUGAACAACAAUUACUAUCUCUUGAAGCUCAAAAGCUUCAUAAGGCUCAAACAAACCAGACGGCUACUUCUUCAACAAGUCAAGACUCUGACGGCGAACGGGAGAAUGCCCGUCAACCAUGUUCGCUAUCCCUCUCACACUUCUUUCUCCACUCUUACGACCCAAACCAGGAGAAUAGAAAUGGCACAACAAGCUCCGUGAGAACCGCUAUGGAAGAUCUCGAAGUGACCCUAAUCGAAACUCAUGCUAACAUAAAAAUCUUGUCGAGAAGAAGAGGUUUCCGAUGGACAACGGUGGCCACCACCGGGCCACCACAACUUUUGAAGCUGAUGGCUGCCUUACAUUCAGUCUCCCUCUCCGUGGUUCACCUCAGUGUAACAACAUUGGACACUUUUGCUAUCUACUCCAUCAGCACUAAGGUGGAAGACAGUUGCCCUCUGAGUUCAGUAGAUGACAUUGCAGGAGCAGUUCAUCACAUGCUAAGUAUCAUUGAAGAGGAGCCUUUUUGUUGUUCAUUAGUACCAUAAUUAUCCAUCGGUUUCCCAUUAAAUCACUCAAAUGCCACUCAUUUUCUCUGAGAAAUCUCCCUCCUUUUUUAUUCUUUCUUUUAUUUAUUUUUUUAAUUUUAU